CCACCCUCCACCAUGUCUGAUCGCGAUUACUCCUUUCGUCUCCCGACUCCCCCCCACAAAUCAUCGACUUUCCUCUCCGCUAACCCUUGCAGCGCCCGUCACCGCCCAUCGCCGGGGCCUCGUCUUGAGCAUCGACCUGUCAACGCCGGCCGCCCCUUGCCCCCCUACCCCUAGCGUUGUCCUGCCUUCGCCCCGUCGCUGCCCCUAGCGUCCCGUCGCCGGCGCCUUUCCCUGAACACCGCAUGUUCGUUGCGACCCCCCCUCUCUCUCUAAAAUUUUGACCUCUCAGAUUUCCUAACAAACGAAAACCCUAGAUUGAGGGAGCUAUCGAGAUCCUAGAUCUCUAUAUUAGUCUCUAGUUCUUCUCAUUAUGGAAAAUAUUAUGUUUUCAUCAUUUUAUUUGAUCCUCUUUCACUUUGACAUCCAUAUUCAUGUUGAUGGAAGAUGAACUUUUUUUUAUAUUUUUGUUUAUUUUUUUUUGUUGUCCUUUUUGUGAAGUUUAUUUUGUUUGCUAGAUUAACUUUAAUAGAGUUACAAUGCCAUGGAGAGUGUCUCUGAUUGAAGUUUGUAAGAAAUAACGUAUCUUUUGAUAAUAUUUGACAUCUUCGAGUUUUAUGAGAAUGCGAAGAUAAACUCUCUAGUCUUUCUUACACACUUGUUAUAUGAAAUUUUUAUUGCUCCUAGACUUUGGUCCUUGUUAGUGUUAGCUACACUCCACAUAGAUCACUUGCUCCAGGCUUAUGUUGUCACGUACGAUUAGAUAUGUGAAAUACAGAUUUUGAUGAAUCGAUUUAAAAGCUCGAUGGUCAUUUCACCUCUUAUUUCUUUUUUCUGAUGAUUGCGGGUGCAUUUGGGAGCUUCUUCAGCUCAAUCCCUUGUCUCAAGGAGCAUAACUAUCACAAUGCGGCCUAAACAACGUGCUUGUAAAAUUUCAAAGCCAAGUGUUAAAACUCGAGGAGGGGCGAAUAAGAAGAUGAUGUAAUGUGGCUCAUAGUUUCAUCAUCCAAAGCUUGCGGCAACAAUGAGAGAGCUUUGGCAAGCAUCCUGCACUCUCAACUCUUCCACGUCAUCCCCUUCAGCUUUGUCGAAUGCCCAUCACUGAAGACUACUUGUACAGUUGGUGGGUUGCAUCAGAUGGUAGAAUUACAGAAGUCUAUUUUUGUAGCUUCUAUGAGAGAUUUGAUUGAAAGUCCUCCAGAGAGUGGAGCAACUAUCAAGCUCAAAGCUUCCAUUGAGAUGCCCAGUAGUUAUCGUCUGGUUAAGCAUUCAAAGUUCUCAACCUCGGUCGAAGCCCAAGACUAUUCCAGUGACUCUCACUUUGAACCGAAUCCCCAUAUUGAGGUUCGUCGCCACAUGCAUGAAAGCGCCAAAUUGGGCAAUUUGGAUGAAGCUCUAAGAGCUCUGGCUUUCUUGAAACCAAGUAUUCUUGAUUACAACGGAAUGCUUCAUUCUUAUUUCAAAUCCAGUAGCAUUUCAUUUGAGCGUGUGGCUGGAAUUUUUCAGAAAUUGAAGAGGUUUGGGCCGUCUCCAAACUUUUGGACAUUCAGUAUACUGUUUAAUGGACUGUGCUCAUCAGGAUUGCUUAAAUCUUCUUCUUGUGUGGUGGAAGAUAUGUGCAACCAUGGGUUUGUUCCUUCCUUCUGUUUGUUGAUGAAAUUGCUGAAGAAAUCUCUGAGCUCAGACAGAUUUGAAAUUUCUAUUCGAGUUUUGGAAUUGAUGCUGAGAUUUGAUUAUACACCAAGUUUGGUAGUAGUGAACAGAUUGAUUGCUAGACUUACUAGAGGGAAGAGAGUCCAUGAGGCGUACCAUGUUUUUUUGGUAAUGCUUGAGAUGGGUUUGGUUCCUGAUGCAUAUACUUGUAAUUCACUACUCUUUGGUGUUUGUAGGUCCAAUUGGUGUUGGCAGGCCUUGUCUUUGUUUUAUAGAUUCAGGAAGAGUGGAUUUGUUCCUACUGAGUAUUCUUAUACUUCAUUAGUUAUGGGGUUUGGAAACAAAGGUUUGUGGAAAGAAGUUUACCGGAUUAUGAAGGAGAUGAGGAGGGAUGGGUGUUUUCCUACAGUUGUUACUUAUACUGUGCUUAUUAAGUGUCUUUGUAAGUAUAAGUUAGUCGACGAGGCAUUGAGAAUCCUUAAGGUGAUGAGUAAUGAAGGUUGUGAGCCAGAUUUGGUUACAUACAAUGUACUUUUCGGUGCGCUUAUUUCCCUUAAUAGAGUCUUUGAUUCAAGCCAACUGCUUUGGGUGAUGGAGGAGAAUGGUAUAAUUCCUGAUCAGCAUACUUUCUGUGCAAUGGCUGCUAGUCUGCUAAAAAAUGAACAUGUCAGGGAAUCACAGGAUCUUUUGUACCGAGCAGUGAGGGGUAAUGUUAUGGAUAUUGUCACAUGGAAUAUUAUAUUACAUGGUUUGUGUGUAGAAAACAGAGUGUGGGACGCAAUAGCAGCAUUGAGUUGUAUGACAAAAAGAGGUUUUGUUCCAAAUAACGUGACAUGCAAUAUUGUACUUAAAGGGCUUUGCUUGGAGUGUAUAGAUAAGUCAUUAUAUUUCCUAGAUUGUUUCUAUUGGGGAAAGGAUGGACCUGACGUGGUCUCUUUCAAUACAAUUCUAUCAGCAGCAUGCAAGCAGGUAAACUUUUCUAUAAUCUGGAGGGUUCUGGAUCGAAUGAACUCUGUGGGAGCUGUGCCCAAUGUUGUUAGCAUGACCUGCUUACUUCAGUAUUUCGGUAAGGCUGGAAAGUUGGAGAAAUGUUCAAACUUUUUCAAUUAUAUGAUUGACAGUGGAUAUUGCCCUACAACUGUGACCUAUAAUGUGCUUCUGAACAAUCUUUGCAAGAGAAGGCUGCUGUUAGAUGCAAAAAGACUAUUCAACAAGUUCAAGGACAUUGAGACAUUUCCUGAUACAACCUCAUACAAUAUUCUCAUACAUGCUUAUGUUAGAAAGGGGGAUUUUCUUAUAGUUAAAUACUUGCUGUUUGAUAUGUAUAACCGAGGUCUAGUGCCUGAUGCCAUCACAUAUGGAUCUUUAAGUUAUGUGUUCUGCAAAGGAAGAAGUGUAGAUGAUGCUUUAGAUUUGGAGGAGCAGAUGGUCAAGGAUGGAGUCAGAACGAGUGCUUCUUACUACAAUCCGAUACUGGCUGCUAUGUUAAGAGAAGAUAGAUUGUGGGAUGCUUUUCUGAUAUUGGUUAAGAUGGAGAUUGAAGGGAUUGAAGCAGAUGCUGUCUCCCGUAAACUUUUCGAUCGUGCAAUGUCAGCUGGUGGGAGGAAGAAAAAUUCUAAGGCCAUGAAGAUUCUUGAAAUCAUAAUGAAGAAAGCAGAACUUCAGUCCAGGGAGGAGGCCGGUUGAAUCACUAAACUUGGCAUGUUCCUUUUCAUCAAUCAUACUCAUGGUUGCCAAUGAAGCCCCAGUCCAUGGGUCCCUGCAUCUCAGUUUAUAAAAUAGGUAUGCAUUCAUGUAUAUGAGAACUCUUCUAACCCGAUAAUUGUAACAAGCGGGGAUUCUCUGCGUAAGGAAAGAAAUCCUGGAUUUUAAGGUUGAAAGAAGCCCUUCAACUCCAGCCUUUUGAUAUGUGUGUGUGUGCGUGUUUUUUUUACCCUUUGUGUUUUUUUUUUUU